AUGGCCGCCGCGAUCUGCAUCAAGGUGGCCGCACUCGUUGCCCUCGUCUCCGUGUUCGACACGCAUGGCACUCGCGCGCAGCCGAGCUACAACAACGCCUCCUCCGCCCGCAGAGAGUUGUACUACUCCAGCACCACCGGCGGCAGCUGGCUCCCUGCCAUGGCCACCUGCGGCACCAACCUGUACCCUUUCAAUUCCAUGACGUCCUGCGGCGACCACAAGUUGUUCAACGACGGCAAGGGCUGCGGCGCAUGCUACCAGAUAAAAUGCGUCAGCAGGAACAACCCUGCCUGCUCUGGCGUGCCCCAGACGGUUAUCGUCACCGACGUGAACUACGACACCAGUCUCGGCCCCAACCGUUUCGACCUCAGCGGCACGGCGUUCGGCGCCAUGGAUAAGCCUGGCCUCAACGGCAAGCUCCGCGAUGCCGGCGCCCUCAGCAUCCAGUACAGGAGGGUGCCCAGGGGCUUGAACGUGAGGUUCCACGUGAUGGGAGGCUGCAACCCAUUCUACUUUGCGGUGAUCGUGUACUACGCGGGCAGCGAUGGCGCCGUGGUGCAGGUGGACCUCAAGGAGGCCAACUCGCAGACAUGGAGGCCGCUCUACGAGUCGUGGGGCGCCGUCUGGAGGAUAGACCCCGGCCACCCGCUGAAGGCGCCCCUCUCGCUGCGCGUCCGCAGCGACUGUGGCAAGACUCUUGUGGCCUACGACGUCAUCCCGGUCAACUGGAGGGGCAAUGCCGAUUACCGUACCAUCGCUCAGUUCCACUGA